UCUUGAAGCCUCUAUUUUCUUCGGCCAAUUGGUAACUUCCACUUGACUCGAGAGGUUUUGAUAACCUCUCCUUCACACCAUAACAUGCACUACCAUCCUCCAACCCAUUGUCUUAACUAAAUUCUCGAGGGUGUAUUCUCCUUCUUGGCCCUUCUUUCAUUCUGAAUGCUACUGGGGGGCCUCAAAUGUUACUAGUUUACUGUGGUGCUUCUAAUUCGGAGAUCCAACAAUAGAGUAAUGAAAUGAUAUGCAUACAUUUUCUAAUUGAUCAUCUGUUUUGAAAGAAAAGCUUUCAUCCUUGGGUGCAUCUGGAAUAUUAGCUGACCAUCAACUUCAAGCGCAGCUGCAAGAAUAUCAUCUGAAAGGGAGAAAAGAUGCAAGACUCAUUUCAGCCUCAAUCCGAGUUUAGGUUGGGCCAACGAGUCCACUUUGUCGGUGAUCCCAGACGUACUGGUACAGUGGCUUUCAUAGGAACCCUAGAAGGUUAUUCAGGAACCUGGGUUGGAGUGGACUGGGAUGACAACAAUGGCAAGCAUGAUGGUUCCAUCAAUGGGGUUCGCUAUUUUCAGGCAAAGUCAGAACGAUCUGGUUCGUUCGUUCGGGUCCAGAAUUUGAGUAUUGGAAUUUCGCUGCUCCAAGCAUUGGAUCUCAGAUAUAGAGGCGACUCUACAAAAGAAGAAGAGGAUGAAAUGUACGUACUCUCAGCCAGUGACAAGCGUGUAUCUGUUCAGUUUGUGGGUAAAGAUCUUAUUAAGGACAAGCUUAGUCGUUUUGAGGAGUUAACUAGUGUAUCCUUGUCAUAUAUGGGUGUUAGCUCUCUCGGGGAUCCAGGUCAAAUUGGCUCCGUCUUGCCAAACCUAAAACAGCUUGACCUGACUGGAAAUUUGCUAUCAGAUUGGAAGGAUAUUAGCACCCUUUGUGACCAGUUACAAGCUCUUGUAGCCAUCAUUUUAUCGAACAACUUAUUGUCGUGUGAAAUCUCAGGGCCCCUUCAAUUGAAACACAUUCGUAUUUUAGUUCUAAACAAUACUGGAAUAACUUGGAUGCAGGUUGAAAUACUUAAACAUUCACUGCCAGCUAUAGAAGAACUACACCUGAUGGGAAAUAAUAUAAGCGAAGUAAAGCCUGAAUCGUCCUCUAUGGUUGAAGGAUUUAAUCUUCUGCGGCUUUUAAAUCUGGAAAAUAACUGUAUAGCUGAGUGGAACGAAAUAUUGAAACUUGGUCAAUUAAGAAGCUUGGAGCAGAUUCAGUUAAAUAACAACAAAUUGAGCCAUAUAUUUUAUCCCAACUUGGAUGAAUUGCACGAGUUAUUUGGAGAUGUUGAAUUACAAGGAGAUUGUUUUCCAUUUCAAAAUUUGCGAUGCCUCUUUCUCGGAGGCAACAACAUUGAUGAUUUGGCUUCUAUCGACGUCUUAAACUCAUUCCCUAAUUUGAUUGACAUCAGGCUGUCAGAGAAUCCGAUAGCUGAUCCCAUGAGGGGUGGGAUUCCCAGAUAUGUUUUAAUUGCACGAUUGUCCAAAAUUCAAAUUAUAAAUGGGAGUGAGGUAACUCCUCGUGAAAGAAGGGACUCUGAAAUACGCUACGUACGCAUGGUUAUGUCAAAUCUGGAUGGCAAUCGUGAGGAGACGUUUAGGCUACAUCCUAGAUUUGAAGAGCUUAAGAGAUUUUAUGGGAUUGAAGAUAAUAGGGCAUCAGUCGGACCAGCCGGACCUCAGAAGCUGUCUUCUGGUCUCAUAUCAAUCACUUUAAAGUGUGUGGGAGCAUCAAUUGGUGAGAAGCCACCAGUGACAAAGAAACUGCCACCCGCUACAUCAGUUGGCAAGUUAAAGAUGCUUUGUGAAAGCUUUUUCAAACUAAAAUCUAUCAAGCUAAAGUUGUAUCUUCAAGAAGAGGAUUCUCCCAUGCCGAUAUUGCUUGAGGAUGAUAUGACAUCUCUGAUGGAUCUUGGAGUUGGGAAUGAAUCUAAUAUUCUUGUGGAUGAAGAGAGUUGAAGGAAGUAAACCAAAAAGUUCUUCGAUUAUUACUGCAUUUCUUUUAUUCUUAAAUUUUCUGUAUUAUCAUGAUUCACCCUGCCGAGGCUUGAAAGAUGUUAUCAAGUUUGCACCCAUAUUUACUUUUUUGAAUAUCAUAUUCUACAAACAUAAAACUGAAAACAGGAUGUCAAAGACUUUUGUUUGAACAAGAUGUGAACAAUGCUGAAAUGAUUUGCUUCGCUGAAA